CCGCCCAAUUAAGUAACUCAGUUUCAUGUUUACCAUAAUGUUUAUUUAACUUAUACAAGAACUGACGGUGCAUCAGUGAGUGAGGUGGAGACCAGAGGAAGGGUUAAAGUUCAGGUACACAAAAUAAUUUCACAAAGCUAAUAAAUAGCUAUCCUGUAGUUCAGUGUGUUUCUGUUUGGAUCAGAGGAUCAGAAACUCAGAUAUCUUCACCAUGUCAGACAGAGAAAAAGCGACGGAUCAGAUGAAACUGUGGAAGGAGGGUCGCGGCUCUCAGCGGCCGGACGUCCUGACCACUGGUGCUGGUGUCCCGAUCGGUGACAAAUUAAAUGUAAUGACAGCGGGUCCACGUGGACCCCUGCUGGUACAGGACGUGGUGUUCACUGAUGAGAUGGCACACUUUGACCGAGAGCGAAUUCCAGAGAGAGUCGUGCAUGCUAAAGGAGCAGGAGCGUUUGGUUAUUUUGAAGUCACCCAUGACAUCACCCGAUAUUGCAAAGCCAAAGUGUUUGAACAUGUGGGAAAGACGACACCCAUCGCUGUGCGCUGUUCCACCGUGGCCGGUGAGGCUGGGUCUGCAGACACCGUGAGAGAUCCUCGAGGGUUUGCUGUCAAGUUUUACACCGAUGAGGGAAACUGGGACCUGACUGGAAACAACACUCCCGUCUUCUUUAUCAAAGAUGCCAUGUUGUUCCCGUCCUUCGUCCAUACUCAGAAGCGUAAUCCGCAGACUCACCUGAAGGAUGCGGAUAUGGUUUUUGAUUUCUUGAGCCUUCGACCUGAAUCUUUACAUCAGGUGUCUUUCCUGUUCAGUGAUCGUGGAAUCCCAGACGGCUUUCGUCAUAUGAACGGAUACGGAUCACACACCUUCAAACUCGUCAACGCUGAGGGAAAUCCUGUAUAUUGCAAAUUUCACUACAAGACUAAUCAAGGCAUUAAAAAUUUGCCGGUUGAAAAGGCGGCACAGUUGGCAUCUACUGAUCCAGAUUACGCCCUUAGAGAUCUCUACAACGCCAUUGCCGAUGGAAACUUCCCAUCUUGGACUUUCUACAUCCAGGUCAUGACCUUUGAGCAGGCCGAAAACUGGAAGUGGAAUCCGUUUGAUUUGACAAAGGUCUGGCCUCAUAAAGAUUUCCCUCUGAUUCCUGUGGGCCGCUUUGUGCUGAACCGAAACCCUGUUAACUAUUUUACCGAGGUUGAGCAACUCGCCUUCGAUCCCAGUAACAUGCCGCCCGGCAUUGAACCAAGCCCAGAUAAGAUGCUACAGGGGCGUCUUUUUUCGUACCCAGAUACACAUCGCCAUCGGCUUGGUGCGAAUUACCUCCAGUUACCUGUUAACUGUCCUUUCCGCACCCGUGUUGCAAACUACCAGAGAGAUGGCCCAAUGUGUCUGAAUGACAACCAGGGGGGAGCUCCUAACUACUACCCCAACAGCUUCAGUGCCCCAGAGCACCAGGCACAAUUCAAGGAGUCAAAAUUUGGAGUGUCCCCUGAUGUGGGCAGAUACAACAGCGCAGAUGAUGACAAUGUGACUCAGGUGCGUACGUUCUUCACUCAGGUGCUGAAGGAAGAUGAGCGCGAGCGUCUGUGUCAAAACAUGGCCGGCCACCUGAAAGACGCUCAGCUGUUUAUUCAGAAACGCAUGGUUCAAAACCUGAUGGCCGUUCAUUCAGAUUAUGGGACUCGUGUUCAGAAACUCCUGGAUAAAUACAACGCAGAGGGGAAGAAGAACACAGUUCAUGUUUAUACGAGUGGUGGAGCUUCUUCUGUUGCUGCUACUUCCAAAAUGUGAAUCAAAAGUGCCACGUAUUGGCACAGACGCACACCAAACAAACAUACACAAUCAAUCAUACUAACACACACACAUUUCUGUCAAUGAGAGAUAGUGGUGUUUAAUUCAUUUCUUUUGUGCUGUAGAAAUGCAGGUGUCGUAUCUUAUGUGGCCAAAUUACAAUAUAAGUGUCAUGUAUGUAUAAACACUAAUUUGACAAUUCAGCACAAUUUACUAACUGAUUAAGAGGCCUUUAAUACACACAAGCUCACUUUUAGCUAUUCUGAAACACAAUGUUGGUUUAACUUAAAAAAAAGUUACCUGAUUGCCUGUAAAUUUUAAGUUGAUUUGAAUUAAAAACAUUGACUCAAAAAAGGUACACUGUAAAAAAAACUUUGCUGCCUUAAAAUUUUUUGUUAAAUCAACUAAGAUUUUAAGAGUCAUGUCAACAAAGAUGAGUUGUCACAACUUAUAAAAUAUAGUUGAGAAACGUCAACUUAAUUUUAUAAGUUAUAACAACUCACCUGUAGUUAUAACAACUCAUCUCUAGUCAAGAUAAAUAAUAGCAAGUUGAAAUGACUUGAAAAUCCGAGUUGAUUCAACAAAAAAUUUUAAGGCAGCAAAGUAUUUUUUACAGUGUAUGUAAAAAUAUUGUCUACUAAUAUUUUUCAGUUGAAUUAACUCAACAUUUUAAGGCAACCAGGUAGUGGUAAAAAUCUUAAUUCUCAAAAGAAAGGUUCAAGACAAAAAUUGUCUCACUUUGUUGGCUUGAGAAAAUAAAGCAAUCAAAACACAUCAGCAGGUGUUUCAAGAUCAUCUGACCCCAAGGCAUCUGCCUCCUUUCACUUAAAGGAAUAAUCCAUUUACU